CUUGAACCUUAUUUUUCCCCUGCUCAGAUAGGGGAAAAAUUAAUGAAUGCUUCUUUCCGAGCCUGUUAAUCGGAAUAUGCAUUGGUGAUUGAUCGUAUCAUAAAAUUCGUCGACACCAAGAAAAAAAAGGGCGGGAAAGACUAAAGAGAGAGAGAGAAAAUAAAAUGGAAGGAGGAGAAGGAGAGAAAAGGAGGAAUGGAGAAGAAGAAGAUCUGUACGGAGUGCUGGGAUUGAACAAGGAAUGCAGCGUGGCCGAACUCAGAUCUGCUUACAAGAAACUCGCCCUGAAAUGGCACCCGGAUCGUUGUUCAGGGAGGGGGAACUCGAAGAGUGUGGAAGAGGCGAAGAAGAAAUUCCAGGCCAUUCAACAAGCCUAUUCUGUGCUAUCAGACACGAACAAAAGGUUUUUAUACGAUGUUGGAGUUUACGACUUUGAUGAUGAAGAUGAUGAAAAUGGAAUGGGUGAUUUUCUUGAUGAAAUGGCUGCUAUGAUGAACGACAUGAAAUCCAGCGAAAAACCGGAGGGGGAGAGUUUCGAGGAAUUGCAGGUGAUGUUUGAGGAGAUGUUCCAGAGCAGCGCCACCAGUUUCUUCGUCGAGACAAAAUCCUUUCCUUCUUCCUCGGCAUCAUCUUGCAACAGCAACACCAGCAGUUUUUUCAAGAACAGCAACCAUAAUGUCUCAAACAAGAGAAGUUCUUCCGAUUUUUGCAUAGGGACAGGGGGAGGGUGGACACGGCAAGAAGGCCGGGAGGCGAGGAGCGGCCGGAAGAAGCACGGCAGAAAAUAGUUACGGUUAAUUAGUUCUCCUCUACACUUAUUAUGUAAAACAUAGUAUAUUAUUGGAAAUUAGUCGACAUGAAUGCUUUUUAUUGUUAGAAAAAUUGUUGUAUGUGUAGAUUGUAUCAGGUUGUGGACUCUCAUCAGUCAUAAGUUGAAGUACUUUUAAAGUAUUGUCCUGUUUUGAAUAAUGUAAAAUUUCUUUUUUUUAAGAAAAUGAUUUUAUUUAU